AUGAAUGCUUUAGCAAUGUCUGUGACAACUGAUGUCACACAAUCUCCUGCUGCAUACAGUCUAGUGGCACCAGACAGCUUAAAAACCGUAGAACCAUCUGAACAUGUUUUGCCAGAUUCCAUUGUAGACUCUCUGUCACUGAGUACAAAACAGUGGCGAAAGGCACAAACCGAUGAUGCCACCAUUUCAAGUAUAAUUACUUACCUGAAGGAUGGUGUAAAACCAAUAGCUCAGCAGGUGAACACCGAUGAUCCAACAGUAAGAAAGUAUAUACGGGAAUGGAAUCGUCUUGAACUGAAGGACGGAGUUCUCUACCAUAAAGGGCAUGUGAACGAACAAGAUUAUAUACAGUUAGUUCUACCCUCGCAUCUUCGAGAGGAAAUUUUCUUGCCUCUCCAUGAUGAUCUAGGACACCAGGGGAGAGAUAGAACUACUUCACUAUUCAAACAGAGGUUCUACUGGCCUGGGAUGGAUUCAUGGAUCGAAGCACGAAUCCGACAGUGCGAUCGCUGCAUUAAACGGAAGACAUUACCAUCUACUUCGCCAUUAGUCAACUUCAAAUCGUCAGCUCCUAUGGAAAUUCUCUGCAUCGAUUUCCUAAGUUUUAGAGAAAUCUAA